GAAAAAACGCUCGUCGCCCUUCUCUCAAACGGACACCUAAACCCCCCACGAUCGAGCACACCGGAGUCGGGCCGCACGCACGUUACACUACAGCAAUGCCGUCCCCCGGCGUCCUCACCGUCUUCCUCCUCCUGCUCCUCAUCUUCUCCGCUUCUCCCCUGACGUGCCACGCCACCCACAACAUCACCUCCAUCCUCGCGUCUCGCCGCGACCUGGCCGAGUUCAGCCGCCAGCUGACGGCGACGGGCCUCGCGGACGAAAUCAACGUGCGCAACACCAUUACGGUGCUCGCCGUGGACGACGCCCACAUGUCCUCCCUCAAGGCGCGCGGGCUCCACCGCGAGGCGCUCCGGCGCGUGCUCUCCCUCCACGUCCUCGUCGACUACUACGACGACGCCAAGCUGCACCGCCUCCCGGGCGGAUCCGCCGUCGUCUCCACCCUCUUCCAGGCCUCCGGCGACGCCCCCGGCAGCUCCGGCAUGGUCAAGAUCUCCGACCGCCGCGGCGGGCGCGUCGCGUUCCUUCCCCAGCAGCAGGACGAAGAAGCCGCGGACGACGCGCAGGCCGCCGCGGUGUUCUACGUCAAGUCGGUGCACGAGACGCCGUACAACAUAUCGGUGCUGCAGGUGAGCGCCGUGAUCUCGUCGCCGGCGGCCGAGGCGCCGUCCUUGCCAGAGUCGGCGAGGCCCAACGCCACGGACGUCAUGGCCAGGAACGGGUGUGGCCGCUUCGCGUCCCUCGCGGCUUCGGCCGGCGCGGCCUCGCGGUACGAGAAGACGAUGGCCAACGAUGGCGGGCUGACAAUUUUCUGCCCGGGGGACGACGCGAUGAAGGCGUUCAUGCCGGCGUACAGGGCGCUCAGCCGGGACUCGCAGCUCGCGAUGCUGCUGUACCACGGCGUGGCGAGGCACUACUCCUUGCCGGCGCUCAAGGCGAUCGGCGGGGCGAUGCGCACUCUGGCCAUGGACACCGGCAACAACGGCAACGACAAUGACAAGUACGUCCUCACGGCGCGCGAGGCCGGGAGCACGGUGACGCUGCUCUCUGCCGCGAAGGAGCCGGCCACGGUCACCGGCACGCUCAUGGACGCCGACCCCCUCGCCGUGUACAUCGUCGACGCGGUGCUGGUGCCCAUGGAUGGCUCGUCGUCCGGUUCAUUUGAUGGUACCGAGCAAGGCGGUGCCGGGGACGGGGGAGGAGAUGCUGCUGCGAAGAAGAAGAAUGCCGCGGCUACGUGCCGGCUGUCGUUCGUGUUGAUGCUUCUGCUGGGAGCAAUCCAAGUGGCGGCGCUCGUUUGAAGGGUAAUUGCAAGCAACUGUGUGAUGUGGAUUCCGGUGUUUGAUGAGUUCAUCGAUCUUUGUUCCGUGUCGGUUUUGGGGGGUGAUUGUUGAGUGCUUUUGGUUAUAUAGGUUCUUGAUGCGUUGGAUCGAACGUUCAUUUCAGUGGCUGUUGGCAAAAGAGAGGUUUGCAGGUUAAUGCGGGUCUGAUUCAUCUGCCUAUUAGUACCAUAUCCCCUGUGUUUAGUCCAGACUUUCCAGAUCUUGAUCUUGUGUCCUUGUGAUGUUUUGAACCGAUACACAGAAAUGCAUAUGCUUAGCUAGCUAUCUUCUGUUUGGCAA